AUGGAUGAUAAGAUGGCUUGGCCUUCAACGGAUUCAAUCACUUGUUGCCGCAUAUGCGUGGUACAAACGGAAGAGUACUACCCAAUGACCGAACCACUCGAGGGAUACGGUUCGAAGAGCUUACAAAUCGUGUUGGAGAAACUGUUCCCCUCGGUGUUUAAUGAAACACAGCUGGAGUACGAUUAUAGCAUGAACUGGCCAACGGCAGUUUGUCGAAAAUGUAAGCAGAGGGUUCAAGAUGCUUACGAGCUGUACGAAACAUGUCUUGACAGCGGUGAUAAGCUGCAAAAGAAGGGAUUUACCGAGAACAAGAUUGACGAAGAGGUUCCAGUGCUCACUCCGAUUGAUGUGUCGACGGAAGAAUUCGUUGAAUGCGAUCUUGUUGAAGAAAUUGCCUUAGGACCUAUGGAAAUAUAUACCAUUUCCCAAUCUACAGAAGUAAAAACACGCAAAAGCGAGAUGAAAGAAGCUGAGAGUGUUACGAAAUCGUCCACUAAACGCAAGAAGAUACCUAAGGAAACGAUUGAGCUGAAAAUCGAAGAGAUGGACGAUGAAAAUGAGGCAGAAAUAAUUGAAGACCAAAACACAGAAUCGGACUGGGAGCCACCCGUAUCAAGGAUCAAGAAAGCUCAUUCCAAUAAAGCAAAUGCAGCAAAAAAAUCCCAGGAACGGAAAAAGAGGGAAAAGAAAGAGCUGACGAAAAAACAAGACAAGAAAGCGGCUGAACACCUGGAAUCCAGAACCGAAGUUUAUCGCUGUCAACUGUGCGAAGGGACGAUGUACGAGUCACCCAAAGAGUUGACCGAACAUUUGAAAGCGGAACAUCCCACUCAGAUCAGGUCCUGCGACAAAUGUCCCAAGAUAUUUGUUAAUGAGCAAAGCUUCCAACAUCAUCAGUAUUGCCACGCGACGGGACGUUCGUUCUUCUGUACGUUUUGUGAUAAGGGUUUCCAGACGGAAGUUCUCCUCGAGUGUCACAUUCGAUCGCACUCGCGAAAGCAUAAAUUUUUGUGUUCAAUCUGCGGAAAGGGUUGCUCCAACACAAGCAAUCUCAAGAAACAUAUGUCAUUUCACACCGAUAGUAAAUCAUGGCCUUGCAGUUUAUGUCCCUGUCGGUUUAAUACCAAAGCUUGUCUAAAUGUUCAUAUGCGUACUCACACGAAAACGAAGCUUUACACUUGUCCGACCUGUGGUUCGCAGUUUAACAAGCACUAUUCGAUGGUUAAGCAUCAGAUCAUUCACACAGGUGAGCGUCCGUUUGUUUGCGAUCUAUGUCCUAUGAGAUUCGUUUCACCGUAUCACGUUAAACGGCACAUGCUGACACACACGGGUGAAAAGCCUUACAAAUGCACCUAUUGCGAUCGUGGCUUUGCACAAAGCAAUGUGCUGGUGAAGCACAUGAAAACGCACAUCGGUGAUCAUCCGUACCAGUGUGACCGGUGCGAUGCAUCCUUCCGGCUGCUGAAGGACCUUCGAAACCAUUUUCAAGAACACUAUGUUGAAAGUGAAAACGGAAUCGGACCUUCGCCGGUGGUGGACGAUCAGGAUAUACGAUUCACCAGCGUGCAAAUAUUGAAGCUACGAUACCAAAAAGAAAUGAACCAGAGCGGCCAGAAGGAUGAGGAAAGCGAUGUUUGGUGUCAACAAAACAGCAACGCAAACAUAUCGGUGAAGAAGAAGAGAAAGUGUGUUGUUUAUUUUGCUUUUAGUCCGGACUGCGCUUACUAUUUUAAAAGUACAAUGGAAGAAGAAUAUUUAACCAUUGAUAUAAAAUCUACGUUUUGUCGCGUUUGUGCUACGGUAUGCUCGGAACAGCACUGUAUCUAUGAAACAGUGUACCAGAACGCAACGCUAAGCAUGCACAUGAUGAUGGAGAAGAUAGUUCCCUCGGUGUUCAACGCGGAACAGGUGAAGAUGGACGAGUUUAUGUGCUGGCCUAGAAACAUUUGCUUAGAGUGUAAAAACAAAAUACUGGAUGCGUAUAUUUUGUACGAGCAGUGUAUGAAGAGUGGCGAUCUGCUGCGAGAAUGCAUGUCGCGCAAAGCGGACUCAUUCAUCGUUGAGGGAGUCUACGACGAUGAGAAGAAAAGUUAUGCUAUUGAAUCACUGGAGCUGGUGUCCAAGUAUGACGAAGAAGUUGCGAUCGAACCAAUAACAGUAAUAGAUCAGGAGAAGCCAACGCGGAAACGAGCUCCUCGUAAAUUGGAUUUUAAACAAUCGCGAAAGAACGAUAGUACGCCGGCUAAAAUGUUAACAAGAGAUGAAGCUACCCUUACACCAACGGAAGAUAAUGAGCAGCAUUCGGACUACGAAGAAGCGAUCAGCACUGAAACAUCGAAUACAACAAAACUGGUAACACGUAACUCAUCUGCACGUGAAAAAAGCAAAACCUCCAAGCGUAUCGCUGAAGCAGGGAAAGAAAAACCGCUAAGGGUUGGUAAAAAAAGAAUGGUACGAAAAGUACAGCUGCAGGAGCAUGAAGAAAGCACAGACGAAACGCAAGAACCGCAAACGAAAAAAAACCUUUACCAAUGUUUGCUUUGCAAAGAGGAAACGCCAUAUACCUCACCGAAGCAUCUUACUGAGCAUUUGAAGGAGAAACAUCCGCAUGAAAUUCACUGUUGCAAUCUCUGUCCGAAGGUGUUUAUGAAGAAGGAAGCCUUUGAGCAUCAUCAGUACUGCCACGCUACGGGACGCUCCUAUUUCUGUCUGUUUUGUGACAAGGGCUUCCAAACGGAGCAACUGCUUAAGAAUCACAUCAAGACCCAUACGCACGGGACAGGCUUUCUGUGUUCACACUGUGGUCAGGAGUUUAGCAAUCGAAGCAAUCUGCGCCAACAUCUAAUACGUCAUACGGGUGACAAACCGUGGCAAUGUAGCUUGUGUCCGAGCCGUUUCAGCAUGAAAAGUUAUUUGGACCGCCAUCAGCAUACCCACACGAAGGCCAAAUUCUUCAGCUGUGACACGUGUGGUUCUCAAUUUAGCAGACAUUACUCAUUAGUAAAACAUCAGCUCAUCCAUACCGGUAAUGUUUGGGUGUUGGGUGACCGCCACUUUACUUGCGAGGUGUGCAAUAUGAGAUUCACCUCCAGCCACCAUGUCAAACGGCACAUGUUAACGCACACAGGUGAAAAGCCUUUCAAAUGUACCUAUUGCGAACGUAGUUUCACGCAAAGUAACGACAUGGUAAAGCAUAUGAAAACACACGUUGGUAACAAUCCGUAUCAGUGUGACCGGUGUGAUGCAUCGUUCCGACUGCUCACGGAUCUGAGGAAUCACUACAAGGAGCAUUGUCAGGCGGGUGGCAGUAAGGAUGCACUUUCUGGCGAAGAGGAUAAAACGAUACGGUUUACAAUAACGAUAGACCAAGCAAAAGGACAGCUCUACGCGAUGGACAACACCGAUGCAGAAGAUCAAGGCUUAACUAUACAGCUAACAUUCUGUCGUAUUUGUGCUGAUCUUAGCACCGAAGAGCAUUGCAUUUACGAAACGGUAUACAAGGAAGGAACAUUAAGCAUGCACAUGAUGAUGGAAAGAUUGAUUCCCUCCGUGUUCAAUGCGGAACAGGUAAAGGUGGACGAGUUUAUGUGCUUUCCCAGAAAGAUAUGUGGCGUUUGCAAAGGCCAGGUGUUGGCAGCGUACGGCUUGUACGAGAUGAGCAUGAAGAGUGGUGAUAUGCUACGAAAUUGUUUAAAGAAAAAUGCAACAUUUAUCGUAAACAUCACAGGAGGUGGUUCUGUGGAAACAUCAGAUGUGGUUGUGAGCCAUCCCCUGGUAGCUGAGCAAUGUUCAGUCGAUAAAAGCAAUAAAUCUCAGAAAACUAUCGUUGAGACUGCAUCGGAAUCAAUUGCAUCAAAAGAUGAUCCCGCCGUGAAACAACCGAACGCUGAUGCGAUGGAUGGAUGCUCAAUUGUCGUUGACGAUCAGCUGCAUGCAUCUGAAAGUGAAGAUCACCAAUCAGGCUCUGAGGAAGAAUCCGCUUUGAAAGGAAAAUUAUACAAAAAAAAGAAACCGAGAAAGUGUUUAGUCACGACAAGGCAAACGAGAUCAAGCCGGAAAAAUGUUCCACAGAAACAGCAGCAGGAAGAAUCAAAAGCAUCUUCGGACAAAAUCGAAGCACCGAAAGAGAAAAUAAUUAAAUUCCGGUGUUUGCUUUGCAGCGAACAAGCCUAUUUUUCGUCGGGCGAACUUGAUGCGCAUUUGAAAGAAAAACAUCCGCACGAGAUUCACUGUUGCAAUCUGUGUCCGAAGGUGUUUAUGACGAAGGCGGCCUUUGAGCAUCAUCAAUACUGUCACGCUACAGGACGAUCCCAUUUCUGUGCGUUUUGUGACAAAGGCUUUCAGACGGAGCAGUUGCUAAAGAACCAUGUAAAGACUCAUACACAUGGAACAGGCUUUCUAUGUUCGCAGUGUGGUAAGGAGUUUAGCGACCGAAGUAAUCUGCGCCAGCACGAGUAUCGGCACACCGGUCACAAACCGUGGCAGUGCAACUUAUGUCCGAGUCGGUUCAGCACCAAGGGUUAUCUAACGGUGCAUCUGCUUACACAUACAAAAAAUAAAGCGUACAGCUGCGAUACGUGUGGAUCACAGUUUAAUAGGCAUUAUUCUCUAGUAAAACAUCAGGUCAUUCAUACCGGAGAGCGUCACUAUGAAUGCGAAGUAUGCAAAAUGAGAUUUGCUUCCGCGUAUCACGUCAAAAUCCACAUGCGAACACACACGGGAGAAAAACCGUACAAAUGUGGCUACUGUGAACGUGGCUUUGCGCAGAAAAACGAUAUGCUGAAGCACACGAAAACCCAUGGCAAACCGUAUCCCUGCGAUCGUUGCGAUGCUACCUUUUUGGCGAUAGCGGAGUUACGCGUACAUACGAAGGUGCACGAUCGUGCAAUGAAGUAUCAAAGUGAAUGUUCUUCGGUGGAGCAAUAG